UAAAUAUAGUGACAAUUGCUUGGGAAAUUUAUUGUUUACAAAAUCAUAACCUGUUAAAAAAUAUAUAAUAGAUUCUUUCAAUUCAUUCAAUUCUUAUGGGAUUUUUUUAAAAUUAAAACUAUUUUUGCUAUGAAACACGAAUUUAAAUGUAGAAAUUUAUUUAAUGUUUCGAAAAAUAAAGCAACUGUUAUAAUUAUCUUUUUAUUUCUCGUUUCAAUUCACCAGGUCUCUUCUGUCUAUAAUCGAGAAAUCCAAUGUUUAGCGGAUUUCCUCAAGCCUGAAGAAUGUGAAAAAUUAUUGGCUUUUUCCGAUGGAGAUUCUUUGAAAGCGACAAAUUAUAACAAUUCAAUCGAAUGUUUUCAAAGGCUUGCCAAUUGGACUCUACAUUUGAAAUGGAAACAAAAGGAUACAUAUGCGAUGCUCAAAAAUCGAUUUCGUCAAAUUGGAGGAAGAACGAAUUUGGUCUCGUUAAUUCACAAUUGUUUCACUCGUUUUCGCAGAGAGAUUGUGGACGAGACAAUUGAUGAUUGGGGCUUUUAUCCCGUUCCUAGGGAAGAUGGAGAAAAAAGCAAUUUGGAGGAAAGUUUUACAAAAGGAAAAAAAGAAGAAAGAGAGGAAGGACAAAGUGAAGGCAAAUUUUCAAAUUCACUUCGGUCAAGAUCUAUUUUUAGUUCUCUCAAUUCAACUUCGAGUGAUUAUCCGUGUUUGAAAUUAAAUCCGUAUAUAAUUUUGGGAAUUGUUGGUAUUAUUGUCCUGUGCGUUUGCUGUAGUACUCUUGUUAUAAGAAGAAAAUUGGCCAAUUGUUUCAAAUGCUGUAAAAGAAAGAAGAAACCAAAAAAAUCGUCCGGAAAAUAUUCUCCAAUUGAUGCUGAAAAAGGAAAAAAAUCACCGCGAAAAAAGAAAAUGUCGUUUUCUUCAAAGGCAGAGGAGAGAAAUGACGAGUCUUCGAAAGUUUUAAUAAAUACAGCAACUCAGGAUAGUAAUCCUUCUGUUCGAAGAGUAGAAGAAGAAUCGCCUCCUUCAGGUUGUUGUCAAUGUUGUAAGAAAAAGAAGAAAAAACGAAAGAAAAGUACAAGACGCAAAAAGUGAUGACGAACGAAAAGUGAAUGAAGAAAUUCCUUGCCUUCGACAAUUGAUUCAUUGGAAUAUAUCAACGAACGAAGGAAAAGGUAAAACGCACGAGGAACUCGAACGUCGCCUACGACAAAUGAAUAGAAAUGAUCUUGCCG